UCAAACUGCUUUGUCCUUCCACCAAGCUGCCUGGCUCCCCUCAUUACCUACAAAUGGAAGGUAAAGCAAAAUAGCUGAGAGAUGAGCUGCUUCUUAUGCUUAACUGAGCUCAGAUUUAAAGUCUGCUGAAGGCUAACAUGUUACUCGCCCUUGACAUCCAAUCUUUUUGUUGCUCUAGGAGCAUGAUGUCUAAUUUGACAAAAACUAAAAUGUGCCUGACUCCACCUUCUUUUUAUACCUCUCAGCCAACAGAGUGUCUGCUCUUUCACACACCAACAAAUGAAACGGCAUCACGCUCCCUCUCUCCUCCUCCUUGCCUAACUGCACCUCUCUUCUGCCACGCUCCUGCCGAGCUGAAUUUAGUGGCGACACACUAAGGGGGGAAAGCGCUGUCAGCUUGGAGCGGAUGAUCGUUUCCCCCAGACUGAGCCGGGGUCAGAGAGAUGGCUGGAAACUGCUGAUGGGAGCUGCAGCCUCACGGUCAGCCUGUCGGUCUCCUCUGAUCUGCAACACAACAUCAAGAGACAAGAACACCUGACCAUGCUCACAGGGGAGAGAUCAUGACUUCGCUGAACGCCUCAGACGAUAUGUCCUCCCUGUCUUUCCCCAUCUCCUCUCUUGAGAAAAAUCUUUCCUCUUCUGUCACCUAUGACCCCUCGUCUUCCCCUGUGUCCUUCCCCACCUUAUCUUCCACCCUGCUGCCCUCCUCCAAUUGCACCAGCUCGGCGUCGCCCUCCUCUCCCCCGUACAAUUUCUACGCCGUGCUCCUGGUUCUCCUGAUCUUCUGCGUGGUGUUCGGUAACGUGCUGGUCUGCAUAGCCGUGUCACGGGAGCGUGCCCUGCAGACCACCACCAACUAUCUCAUCGUCUCCCUCGCUGUGUCCGACCUGCUGCUGGCCACCCUGGUCAUGCCCUGGGGAGUCUACCUGGAGGUGGUGGGAGAAUGGCACUUCAGUCUCAUCCACUGUGACAUCCUGCUGACCUUGGACGUCAUGAUGUGCACCGCCAGCAUCCUCAACCUGUGCGCCAUCAGCAUCGACAGAUACACAGCAGUGGCUAUGCCGUUGCUCUACAACACCAGAUACAGCUCCAGGAGGAGGGUGGCCGUCAUGAUCGCCGUCGUCUGGUUCCUCUCUUUUGCCAUCUCCUGCCCUUUGCUGUUCGGUCUGAACAACACUGCCAAUCGUGAAGGCACCACGUGCAGCUUUGCAGACCCAGCCUUCGUGGUGUACUCAUCUGUGGCGUCCUUCUACGUUCCUUUCAUCGUAACAUUGCUGGUCUACGCCCAGAUCUGCGUGGUGCUGCGCAGGCGAGGCAGACGCACCGGCCCUCCUCGCAGACACGGCCUGUUCACCCAAACCGGCACUGACACCAGAGAAAGUCGACAUCAGAAGAAUAAAUGUACACAACCAGAAGAUGUGAAACUGUGCACCCUGAUCCUGAGACCCACCACUGCAGCUCCUCAGCGCAAGAAAGUGACUCUGGUGAAGGAGGCAGUUGUCCACCCUCUGGAAGUGGAACCAGGUCAGUUUCUGCCCCAGACCGAGCAAAGCCGAGCCCCUCUUCCCGCCCCCCAGACCGCGUCCCACUCGCCGCGGACUGGAAUCUCGCUUUCCAUCUCAGUUGCGCCUGUCCUUCCCCCGUCUGUGACGAGAUCGGCCCUGACGCCUCGCCCUGCCACCCUUGAGGACGGCAUGAGGGGGUGCGAAGGAUGGAAGGGACGCAGCGGAAGCAGAGAGAAAUGGGGCACCACCAAGGAGAGGGUGAGAGGGAGGCUGUCACAGCAGAAGGAGCGGAAAGCCACACAGAUGCUCGCCAUCGUGCUGGGUGUGUUCAUCAUCUGCUGGCUGCCGUUCUUCCUCACUCAUGUGCUCAAAGCGCACUGCAGGAGCUGCUGCAUCUCGCCCUCGCUGUACAGCGCCGUCACCUGGCUGGGUUACCUCAACAGCGCCGUCAAUCCUGUCAUUUACACAACUUUCAACAUUGAAUUUCGCAAAGCCUUCAUUAAGAUCCUGCACUGCUAGACUGCUGACAGCCUUAGGAAUUCAUGCUUUCAUGAAAGCCUGAGACUGGUAAGAAGUAUUGGGAUGAAAGUAAGAAACCUCUGAUGCAUUUUGAUGCACUGAAACAAAGACCGAGGCAAAAAAAAGAAGAUAUCUGGACAUUUGAGAAGUCAAGCUAAUACUGACUUGGAGGCUUUAAUAGACAAAACCGGGAGCUCAGACAAUGACAGAACAAACAGAAAAAACAAGAGGAUGACAGCAGACAUAAAAGAAACCACAAGACAAUUGCAAACAAAGAGUGUUAUGGCAUGUAGAAGACAGAAACAAGAAACACAAACAAGCUGGAAGCAUCUUUAGAAGAAAUGACAUGCACUGUGUUGUGUAUAUAAUCUGUGAAAGGAAUGUGAGAAGUCGAUAUCUCACCACAGCAUGCAAAGUCAAAGUGAGAUUUGCUGAGACGUGACUGUUUUCCUACUCUACUAGAACAGUUGAUUCUCGUCAGACUCGAUUUUCUUGGAGCAUUGACAAGCAUCCUAUGGGUUUUUUAGUGUUUACAUGUACUUUUUUUGUUGGAGAGGAGAGAAUGAGGCAGAAAAAUGACACUAACUUUGAUGUCGGGCUCUAAUAUUUGUGUCAUGUUGACGCCCAGAACUUUUCAAUAUUUUCCCCACUUUUGACGCAUCUCCGGAAUCGCAUCAAGCUGGAGUGACUGGUUUAUAUAUUCAAGCGUACAUAGAAGAUAAAAAGUAAAUCCUGGGGCUUUUAUGCUGUUGAUAAAACAAUAAAUAUGCACAAAAGUUACUUUUAUGUUUAUGUUUUUAGCAGUAGACAUAGAAAAAAAAGGGAUUUUGUUUUCAGAUUGUUAGCUUAAUGUGAAAUUUGUCUCAUUAAUAUUAACUUUUCACCUAUAACACUAGGUAUGGAUGAUAAAUAAAUUAAGUUAAAAAAAGCAGUGUGUCUGCAAACAAGUGGGAAUGCAGGUUUGUAUGAUUUUAAAGCACACAUUACCCUUCUUGUCAGAAAAUCAUUAAGAAUAUAAAAUUGCUUUUUUUUUUUGUUCACAAAGGAAAUAAAAAGUAUGUGUGAGUGGCCAACAGCCAGUUUACCGCGAACACACACAGUACUGUUGUAAAGCUUGUUUGCUUCGUUCAACAAUCGUGCAUCUUUUACUACUUCAGAAGCUUUUGUGUGGAUGUUUUUCUCUUUUUUUACCAACAUAAAAGAAAAUUGUUAAUGGAAAAUGACUACCUGCUGGGGGAGGGACAUUGAACAAAGCUAACUGUGCCGGAGUCACAGAAAAAAUAAUUGUGAUUUGGACAAUGUUGUUGAAUUCUAAUCAAGUUUCUGGAUUAACUGAAUAAAAAAGUACACUGAUUUCCCUCUGGUAGCAAAGAUCUGAGUCCCUGCCCUUGUAACCUGAACACGUCAGCUCGUCAAAGCUGCGUUGUGAGCGCCACCUUUGGUGAUGACAGAGCACACUGGCUCUUUCUGAAUCAGUGGGCGCUGGAUAUCUAUCUGAGUUCAGAGUUUCGGCUUGAUUUAGAAGACUCUACAUCAACCUGAGAGGGGGAGGCGUAGGAUGGGAGUGCUAGUGAAGGGUGAGGCUGAGGGUAGAAUGUCAGAAGUGCCAGAUGAGAUCAGGUGAUUCAUUCCAUUUAUCAGAGGAAAGGAAUCUGACCUUAAUGCAAUCAAAGGGAAUUGGAUUGAGAUCACUCAGAGAUUUAAUAUAAAGAGGAAUUUAUAAUGUAAAAAAUAUUUUUUUCACUAAACUUUUUGUUGAAUACAUACAAAAGACCAGUCCUCCAUGCACUGUAAGCUAACUCCAGGUCUAUCUGCGCCCCUUUUUUGUCAUUCAAGAACACCCAAAAUCAUUUUUAAACCUCCCAAAAUCUGCAAACGAGAGGCAUGAGAAUAAAAAUGUCACAAUUAUCAUCAUAGGAAAUAAAUAGAAGCAGCCACAAUGGAUGUAAUCCACCUUGUAAUAAGCUUUUUUCAUGGAAGAAGUCACUGACUUGAUGCCCCACAUCGUAUCCGUUCAUUUUUACUGUGAGCAAAAUAAAACAAAUUAAAUGUUUGUUUGUUUUUUUCAAGGAGGCAGAAAGAAGGCAUUUCCUCCCUGCUCAGUGAAACCAAAUGAAUUAGACACAGACAGGGAUGUGCUUUAGAUGACAAGCUCAGGUGUGAGAUGCUGAACAGCUUGAGUUCAGUAAACAAGGGAACGUGGAUGCAAAUUAGCCCCGCGGUAGAAGCAGAUGGAACGGAGGGAUCCACACUUGAAUAUCAAGAGCUCGUGUCGUAGAUCUUUAGAAAAAUCCUGCAUGAAAAGGUGUUUCACUCGAAAUAUCACAGAAAAUAAAAUAGACGAGUAAGUGUAACAACACUAGUUUUGAUGCAAAAAACAAUGAAACAAAAUCCAUUUUACUGCAUUUUUUCAAGAUCAAAAUUAUGCUUUAGAAAGCAGAUUUAGAAAGUUCAAUGCUUUUUACAGAUGUCUGAGUCAGAUACUAGUUAAUAACAUCUUAAUCAUAUUUGGCAUGACAAUGCACUGGGUUUUGCAGCAAAGCUCCUAUCCAUUGUUAAAGUAGAACUUUUAAAACUUUUGGAUGUUAUAAAAAACAAAAAAAAACCUCUUCUGUCCAUAAAUAAAACCACACAAUUUUGAUUUAUUCAAAAAUAUCGCUUCUCUCUCUAAAUUACACGGAAGACACGAUUGCACAAAGACACAAAGUCUUAGGAAAGUGGAGGAUAUUGCAAAGUAAUUCUCAGAAAACAAAUUUUAACCCGAAGAACAAGCCUAUGAAAAUAUAUAACCUAUCAAACUAUUUAACAAAGAUCCACAUUUGUUUAGACUUCAUUUCUUUAUGAUUUAAAAUAAUUUUCUCACUUUUGUCAGCAGUUGUUUUGUAUCUAACCUUUAGUUGCUGCUUACCUCCCUGACCAUUUUGAUCGUAUCUCUUUCCUUGUGUUUCCUUGCAUAUAUUACAUUAAUUAUAAAAAAAAAUCUAUCUCUGGACUUUAAACUAUAUUUAUGAUCUGUCCUCCUGUGUGUUUCUCUGUUAUAUAUAGGCCACUUCUCUCCUUGCAGCCUUUCACCUUUUUCAUUUUUAUGUCCCAACUUUGUAAAUUUAAAUCUGCUGAUGUAAUCAAUGAUAAAACCCUUUCAUUGUUUUUGAUCCUAAAGACUAUUACUUAAAAGGUCUGAGGUCAAGAUCAAAUGUGGUCAUUUAUAUGGUAAAACUAACAAAGGAGCUGUAAAAACAGAACAGUGUGCAAAACAGCCAAAUUCUAUAUAAAAAUGAAUCCAUCCAACUAUCCACCUUCUCCUGCUUGUCUGGAGCCAGGGUUUCAGGGGGAGUAGUCUUAGUAAAGACAUCCCUCUCCACUAACCCCCCACCACCCCCACCCCUCUCCCGGACCAUCCGUCAGUAUUCUCCUGGGUCAUCCCUCAACCAGUAGGACAUGCCCUGAAAACUCCCCAGAAGGCACCCAAUAGAGAUGUCUGAGCCACCUCAACUGGCCUCUCUCUAUGUGGAGGAGGAGAAGCUCCUCCCAGGUGACCAAACUCCUCAUCCCAUGUCUAAGGGAGCACCCAGUCACCCUUAUUAUAGCCUCUUGAAUUUGGGAACUUAUUCUAUCAUGACUGGGAGUCAAUGAAAAAUGCAUUUAUGAGAGGUUCAAAGCUCGCGACCACAUCUGAUGGUAGGAACAUAGACUGACCACCAAAUCAGGAGCUUUGCCUUUCGAUUCAACUACUUCUUGACCUCCAAAGCAGACUCUCUGUCAGAUGUGGGAGUUAAGUUGAAGACUCUACUGACAGUGGGCUCAGCCAGUCAUUCCCAACAGAUUCUAAAAAAACAGUUGGGAAUUACCCAUUCUGUGACCAGCCUCCUUCUCUGACUGCAAAUUAGGUAGUGAUCAGUUGGAAGCUUCUCCCUUCUUUUUACUUGAGUGUCUAAGACACAUGGCUGAAGGUCAGAUGACACCAUAAAGAUGAUCAUUGACCUAAUUAGGGUGCACACACAUGCACUUGUGCUCAAACAUGGUGUUCGUUAUGGAUGAACUGACUGACAUUGAAGUCCAACAACAAAACACAGCUCACAUCAAGGAAGUAGUUCGUCCUGAUCAAUCCCCUUCCAGGUGUCAUGUGGGAGACAAAAGACUUUCAUUGGAAUCAGUUCUCCUAACCCCUUAUAGAGAUUCCAGGAAGGCAGAGUAUUCUGUUAGACCCGUAAGCCGAGACCAGUCCCCGACCCGGGGGUACAGACAUGGAGUCCUUUUGCGAACCUUGACUCAUGUUGACCGAGCUUAGGGGUACGAGCAACACCAUAUAAGAGUCCAACCCCUCUCAAAGAGGUGAGUUUCAGAGCCUAAACUGCUUGUAGACACUUCUCCUACUGUCUCUAGCAAUUACUGCUUAUCCUCACACAAAAACUCGGUCUCCUUCCCACUCAGCAAUAAACUUUGAAAAGAAAAAACUAGACUGAAGGCGGAGUCAUUACAGUGAUGGAUUGGACCAAGAUUUCAGUCUGACUUUAUUAUUUUUUAUCUAAAAAGAAUUCUUGAUUGGUGGAAAUACACGGCUAUUCUUGACAGCUUAUUGUUAUUAGCUUCUAUAGAAUUUUUUUUUGUUAAAUAAAGGUCAGAAAAUUUGUAGUGUAUCAUAGCUUACCAUAUUUCAUUCAGAGAUGAUUUAGAUUCACUGAUGAUUUAAAGCAGAUGAUAGCCAGCUGGAAACAAAUGGAGUCCUGUAUCUCCUCUGAUCAUCUCCAUGGAAUAUCGUGUGACCCAGAACAAACAUUGUGAGUUUAUUCAGUGCAUGGAAAGAGCUGUUCUUUACUGUGUGUGCUUUCUGGUAAUGAAAAUUAAUGCGGGGGGGGGGCUCUUUCUGUCCUUUUUGAAGCCUUCUUUUCUCAGAAGUUGAUUGGUUUCAAAACUUUUUAUCCUUUAGUUAGUUUUAUCCUGUUUAAAGUGACAGAUGCAAAAAAAAAAA